AUGGAGGAGCUGCAAGCCCGACACCGCAAGGAACAGAAAGACCUGCAAGCGAAGAUCACCCAGAAGAAAAAGUCCGCCACCAAGAAAACGCGCAAGGGGAUCAACGAUGAAUGCGAUCGCCUGCAGCGGGAGCUCACGGAGCGACACCAGGCACAGAUUGCGGAGUUGAGCGGCGAGCCCGUGGACGGUAGUCUCGAGGACCUCAGCCUCAACGACAGCAAGUCCGACGAUGAUGAUGACGAAGUUACGAGCAAAGACGACGCCAAAAACUCUACAGAUGAUCCCUCGGCCUCCACAACCACAACGACGACGACGUCGACGCCCCCAAGCAGCAACAGCAGUAGCACCACCACCACCACGGACACCCCGCAGCCCUCCGGCGGCCCGCGCCCCAAGAAACCGAACCGUCAAAAGGCCCGUCUCGCGCGUCGUGCCGCGGAGCAAGCGGCCCAGUCGGCGAUUGCAGCAGAGGAGGCCGCGAACCAGACCGACCACCGGGGCAACGAGAAGGAGGUGAUGGAUGCCGUGUUCAAGCGCUUGCAGCUGAAGGAGAUUGAGAUCAACCCGGACGGACAUUGUCUGUACUCCGCGAUUGCGAGUCAAUUGGACGAAAUGGGUCUGGGGCUCAGACCGGAUCCCAAGAGGAUGGUUCUCCAGGCUCCCACGCAGUCGCGAGUGGAAACGGUCACUUUCCCGAAGCACGAUGGGUACCGAGCGGUCCGGGCGGUGGCCGCGGACUUCAUUGCUGAGCAUAAAGAUGACUUCGAGGCGUUCAUGGAGGAGCCACUGGAUCAGUACACCAGGAAGAUCAAGCUGACUGCCGAGUGGGGUGGACAGCUCGAACUGCAGGCGCUGGCGAGGGCAUACGGCAUCGAGAUCAAUGUUAUACAAGGCGACGGGAGGAUCGAGAAGAUAGAGCCGGGCGAUGUUGAUGGACUUGAUGACGAAGCGAGGGGUAAACGGGUCAUCUGGCUGGCAUACUACAGGCAUACAUAUGGGCUUGGGGAGCAUUACAACGCACUAUCAAAGCAGUCCUAG